CAGGGCGUCUGUAAACACACCCAGAGACUGUCAUGGAGGGGGAGGAGGAGGCGGCGGCGGUGAAGGGAGGCGUUUUGGGCUGCCUCCAAGGUCCGAUCUGCCAUUCCUGAACUAGUCCCUGGUCCCCGUGACUGGCAUCAGGGAAGUGAACUGUUAGGCGAGAGGAGGAGGCAGUCAGAACCAUAUCCCCUUCUUCCCCGGGGCGGGGGCCGGGCCGGGCCGGCUGAGCCAGGGGAGGGCCGGGGGAGGGAGUGCCUGGCCAGGCCGGCCUGUCUGCCGAAAUGGAUGACAGUAAGGUGGUCGGAGGCAAAGUAAAGAAGCCUGGUAAACGUGGUCGGAAGCCAGCCAAAAUAGACUUGAAAGCAAAACUUGAGAGGAGCCGGCAGAGCGCAAGGGAAUGCCGGGCCAGAAAAAAGCUGAGAUAUCAGUAUUUGGAAGAGUUAGUAUCCAGUCGAGAAAGAGCUAUAUGUGCCCUCCGAGAGGAACUGGAAAUGUACAAGCAGUGGUGCAUGGCAAUGGACCAAGGAAAAAUCCCUUCUGAAAUAAAGGCCCUACUCACUGGAGAAGAGCAGAACAAAUCUCAGCAGAACUCAAGCAGACACACCAAAGCUGGGAAGACAGAUACUAAUAGCAAUUCCUGGUGAAGAUGAUGUAAAAUGAUGAAUCAGUGAUUGAAGCCAAUAUUCUAAUUUCCAUGGAGGAUGAAUAGGCAAGAUUAUGCUUCUUGGCUCCAUUUACUACCUACUGCUCAGUAGUCAUCUCUGUAAAUCUGCAAUUUU